CAAUCAGAGGGCGUCAACAUUUAAAGGGCUAUUAAGAAACAGGCAAAACGGCGGAGUGCAAAGCCUGCAUCUCAUUUCUCUCCUAUUCAUUCGCUUACGAAACAGUAAAUGUGGUUCUACAUGGCUUUCUCUAAGACAGGAUUGGAAUGCUACUUUUCACAGUAGAUAUCAGGACAUGUCCGAUUUUGUGGAUGCGCUCGUUUAUCUGCUGCACUUGUUGCACUGAGGCAAACAGGCUGAAUCUAACGGACUGAGAGAUACUCACCGCUACAGUUCAAACCGACGAGGUUUUCAUUUCGCAGAACUGUUUCUUCAAAAACACUAACGUCGCGUCCACUAUGCCAGUGUUAAUGAGUCCUGAGAUAGCGAAUAAAUUCAAAGAGAAAUGGAUGAUGCUUCAUCCGGAGGACCAGGACAAUGUCAGCGGCUCUGUUCACUUUGACGACAGUCUCACCAGUCUGCACUGGCUGCAGAACUUCUCCAUCCUCAGUGCCAAUCCCGAGAGGACUCCCAGCUCCGGCUGCCACCCGCAACACCUCUUCUACCACAAAAACCAGCUGGGGGGCACCGACUCGCCCUCCAGUCCGCCUGCCGGAGAUACCGCCGCCACAGGGAUGCCACAAACACCUGGGAAUCCCACAACGUCCUGCAGCAAUUUGGCGAAUUCAUACACGCACCAGCAAGCGGGACACUACAUAACGGCGCAAACAAAUCCUUCGGAGGAGAUCGACUAUAAAACAAACCGCCACGUGAAGCCACCGUAUUCAUAUGCCACUCUGAUUUGCAUGGCAAUGCAAGCUAGUAACAAAACCAAAAUCACUCUGUCAGCCAUUUACAGCUGGAUCACUGAGAAUUUCUGCUACUACAGAUACGCGGAGCCAAGUUGGCAGAAUUCAAUCCGCCAUAACUUGUCCCUAAACAAGUGCUUCAUGAAAGUGCCUAGGCAGAAAGAUGAGCCAGGAAAAGGAGGCUUUUGGCAAAUCGACCCACAGUAUGCUGACAUGUUCGUCAAUGGCGUUUUCAAGCGGCGACGAAUGCCUGCCACAAACUUCAAUACCCAGAGACAGAGCAAAAUGUUAUCCUCUCCCAGCUCCUCGUACGGCUCUCAGUGCAACCAGACUGGCCAACAAAUGGGAAUGGGCCACUUCCAAGGACCUGUCCCGGGAAACAAACGCAAGCAAGUCUUCUCCAAACGAGGCAGCAAGCUGGCCAGAGUCUCCAAAAGCCCUCUGUUAACCACCGACAUCAAAACUUCAGACGUACUGAGAGGAGAUUUUGACCUGGCGUCUGUUUUUGACGAUGUGCUUAGUGGGAAUGACAGCACGUUUGAAGAUUUGGAUAUCAACACAGCGCUGAGCUCUCUGGGAUGUGAGAUGGAGCUAUCUUCACAGAACCAGCAUGGGUCUGGCUACAGCAAUGAGGACGAGCAGGCUUGUGCUUACCUAGAGGCCAACGGCAUGAUGGGAUGCAACAUGGAGGACUUUCACCAACAGCAUCACCAGCAAGUACAGGUCCAUCCGCAAUAUUAUGAGGGAAUGUUCUCGGAUCAGGUUCACCAGCAUCAGCAGCACCCCUGGGAGAUUAAAGAGGAAGUCCAAGCCAUCCCAGUUUCCCUGGAUCAUGGCUAUGGGCUUUGUGAGGGAUUCUUCUCUGAGAUGCAGCUAUGGGAAAGAGCGGAGUCAUAUCUGUGAACACGUCUAAAUACAUAUGCACUGACUUUGCUGGUCUGAAGACCUAAUGACUUUUGUUUUGCUACAUUAGCAUAAUGAAUUACUGAGGAUGUGAAAGGUUAUAUGUAAUUAUUCUUUGUACUUCUUUUGCAUUUUUUAAGAACCUAUACUGAUUCAUUUAUAAUCACCCCUUAUCUUUGAAUUCUUGAUUUUUUUUUUUUUUUUUUUGGAAAUUUUCUCAAGAUGAUUAAAUAUUGCUGUGGGACAAAUGUAGUUAUUUAGGAUAGUGGCAUUUUGUUCCUGUAUUGAUUAAUCCAUCUAAUAUAUUCAUUUUAGUUUACUUGAUAUUUUAGGCAAUGUCAUGCUUUAUAUGAGUCUAACAAAAAAUAAAACAUAAAUAUAAAUCACAUAUUUGUGGGAAAAGGGAUGCAACAAGCCAAAGUGCUUCGCAAAAAAAAAAAAAAAAAAAAAAAAAAAAAAACGGCACAAGCACUUUGAAACAUUAGCUCAGUUUGUUGCCCAGCGAUUUAGCCUCAUAAUUUAUUUUCUCUCUUUUAUGCUGAUAUUCUAUGAAAGUGCAAAUUGUCCCACAAGAGCUCUUCGAUGUUUCAGAAUGUAAUGCAUUAGUCUCAGAUUUACCAUGAAUUGUGGGUGGCAAUCUCACGAGGCAAUGACUGUUCUAGAAGUGUACUUGUAUCGGUUCUUUGAGAAAUGGACUAAAACAUGCAACAUGAAACAAAAUAUAUUCUGUACUUGAAUAAAAAGAUCAAUCUGUACAACUUU